AUGGACAUGACUUUUGCCCUGGUGAUAACCCAGCCUUACCUUCCACAGGAGGGCUGGGCUCGGGUGGUGCAGACCCUUACCUUCCACAGGAGGGCUCGGGUGGUGCAGACCCUUACCUUCCACAGGAGGGCUGGGCUCGGGUGGUGCGGACCCUUACCUUCCACAGGAGGGCUGGGCUCGGGUGGUGCAGACCCUUACCUUCCACAGGAGGGCUCGGGUGGUGCAGACCCUUACCUUCCACAGGAGGGCUCGGGUGGUGCAGACCCUUACCUUCCACAGGAGGGCUCGGGUGGUGCAGACCCUUACCUUCCACAGGAGGGCUCGGGUGGUGCGGACCCUUACCUUCCACACAGGAGGGCUCGGGUGGUGUGGACCCUUACCUUCCACAGGAGGGCUCGGGUGGUGCGGACCCUUACCUUCCACACAGGAGGGCUCGGGUGGUGCAGACCCUUACCUUCCACAGGAGGGCUCGGGUGGUGCGGGUACCCUUACCUUCCACAGGAGGGCUCGGGUGGUGCGGACCCUUACCUUCCACAGGAGGGCUCGGGUGGUGUGGACCCUUACCUUCCACAGGAGGGCUCGGGUGGUGCGGACCCUUACCUUCCACAGGAGGGCUCGGGUGGUGCGGACCCUUACCUUCCACACAGGAGGGCUCGGGUGGUGCGGACCCUUACCUUCCACAGGAGGGCUCGGGUGGUGCGGACCCUUACCUUCCACAGGAGGGCUCGGGUGGUGCGGACCCUUACCUUCCACACAGGAGGGCUCGGGUGGUGCGGACCCUUACCUUCCACAGGAGGGCUCGGGUGGUGCGGACCCUUACCUUCCACAGGAGGGCUCGGGUGGUGCGGACCCUUACCUUCCACACAGGAGGGCUCGGGUGGUGCGGACCCUUACCUUCCACAGGAGGGCUCGGGUGGUGCGGACCCUUACCUUCCACAGGAGGGCUCGGGUGGUGUGGACCCUUACCUUCCACAGGAGGGCUCGGGUGGUGCGGACCCUUACCUUCCACAGGAGGGCUCGGGUGGUGCGGACCCUUACCUUCCACAGGAGGGCUCGGGUGGUGCGGACCCUUACCUUCCACAGGAGGGCUCGGGUGGUGCGGACCCUUACCUUCCACACAGGAGGGCUCGGGUGGUGCGGACCCUUACCUUCCACACAGGAGGGCCGGGCUCGGGUGGUGCCGGCCACCUGCCCCGGGAAGCACGAGCACUUGACCGUCUGCGAGCGCUCCUCUAUCCUGUUCUUAUUACAGCAACGAUGCACCGCCACCACGUCACACGUGCCCUGCUUCACCUGGUAGGCAACUGA